AUGUGGUACGGGCAGAUCGUGAUAGGGCCCCCAGGCAGCGGCAAGAGCAGCUACUGCUUCGGCAUGCAGCAGCUGCUACAGGCGCUGCAGCGGCAGCACAUUGUCGUUAAUUUAGACCCUAUGAACGAUUCGCUGCCUUAUGAAUGCGCGGUGGAUGUGAUGGAAUUGAUUAAAGGAGAAGAUGUAAUGAAGAAUUUGCAGCUGGGGCCUAAUGGGGCUAUGAUUUAUUGCAUGGAGUUUUUGCUGGAGAACAUUGACUGGCUGGUGGAAAAGUUGAAGGCCUACAAAAAUUAUUACGUGCUGAUUGACUGCCCCGGUCAAGUUGAAUUAUUUACACACCACGACGCGCUGCGCACAAUCAUUAGACAUCUCGAGAAACUCGAUUUCAGGGUCAGCAGCAGCAGCAACAGUAACAGUAGCAACAACAGCAGCAGCACCAGCGACAGCAACAGCACGACCAGCAGCAGCAGCAGCAGGCGUGGGCGGCCGGAGAGUUCAGAACGAGUCUUUUGCAGUUUGUGUGCUGCAGAUGACGGCGAUUCAAGUUCUGGACAGCACGCUGUGCACGGACGCAUUCAAAGUGAGAAGCAGCAACAGCAGCAGCAGCAGCAACGGCAACAGUAA